AUGUUGACUCCACAGACACAAGAAGGAAGCGUUAUCGACUCAAGCCGAAGGAAGGAGCGCUCCCUGCAGAGUGAACCAAAAUUCCAGUUAUUCAAAAAGUUCAUCAUGAAGUUGAAAGAUCUGCUGACAAAAGCGGACGUCACAGAGUUGCGGCCAAGAAGCGUUUUGGCCACGAGCCGAGCUGAGUACGUUUAUCAGAACAAUGCCACGCAGAUCCAGUGGCUCAAUGAUCAGCUCGAAGGCGAGUUGGUGCGAAUCUUCAACGAGGACGACAACAUCCAGCAGAUCUCUGAAGCAUUCAGUGCCAGUGUACUCUUCAAGAAAGUCUCCUCUCCGGUUCCACAGAUUAUGAGUAUCAUGGAUCUCCAGCCCUUUAUCAACUGCUCAUUUAAUAAUUACACCGCUGAGGUGAUUGACGGUCGGUGGCAGUGCGUGGGACCCUGCAUGAAGGAGCUGGACUAUUGCAAUGGACAUGGUCAAUGCCUCAAUGAUAUUAACGUAGGAGCAGUGUGCAACUGCUAUUCAUCAAAAAUAAGCAAGUACUUUGGGCCUCGAUGCCAACACUUCCGCUGGGGUCCAGCCUUCUAUGGAGCUCUUUUCGGAUCGAUAGCGGCGGCCCUGCUAAUGGCCGCAGUAGUCGCCAUCGUCGUCUUCCUGGUUAAACAAAGACGUUGUGGCUCUUGGAAUAGAGCCGUUUCAACCGGAUUUCUAGAUUUUGAUGAAGACUACUUUGACUUCACCGGCACAGGACGUUACAAUUUGGGACUUGCAGGCAGUUACACAGCAGAGCGCUUCCGGCCAUAUCUAGAAAACAUUGAUACAUAA